AUGCAGUUGUCCUCUUACCUGCUCGCGGCCUUUCUGUGCCCGCUGGUCAUGGCUAUUGACAUGAUCAAAUCCGACUCUCUGGCUCUGUGCUCCGAGGGCCAAGGCAUCACAUCCUCUCACUUUGAAGCAAUUUUCUACCCGGACAACAGCACCCUAUCCCUGAACUUUGAUCUGAUAUCCUCAAUUUCCGGCAAAGUGAGUGCCACGGUGGUUCUCACGGCCUAUGGUUAUGAGGCGUUGCGGAAGGAGAUGGACCCGUGCGAAAUGAAAAUGGACGGGCUGUGUCCCCUGCGCUCGGGCAAAAUGCCCCCUAUUGACACCAACGUCGAUGUCCCGAAGGAUGUGGCCAAAAAUAUUCCCGGGAUCGCAUAUUCGGUGCCGGAUCUGGACGCUACCAUCCGGGUCUACAUCAACCAAACCACCACGGGCGACAGCAUCUCCUGUAUUGAAGCAUCCCUUACCAACGGUAAAACAGUCUACCAGUCCGGAGUGGGAUGGUCGUCCGCGGUCAUCUCGGGGCUGGGUGUGCUCGUCUCCGCUGUGAUGUCGACCAUGGGUCUAUCCAAGACUGCCAUCCACAUUGCGACAAACGUCCUCACGUUGUUCGGGUUCAUGCAAUCCCAGGCGUUGUUCGGUAUGCUCGCAGUCGAUAUGCCUCCGAUCGUGGAGUCCUGGACGCAGAAUUUCCAGUGGAGUAUGGGGAUCAUACACGUCGAAUUCCUGGAGACUCUGACCACUUGGUACCAGCGAGCGACGGGCGGAAAACCAUCCAUGAUCUUAUCCAACCUCGAAGAUACUUCCGUUCACGUCGUCAAAAAGCGGUCGCUCGAUAUCAUGAAGAGGUCGUCCGGCCUGGUGAGGAGGGCAGGCAGUAAAGGGACGGCAGAUGAUGUCUCCGUCGCUGGCAUCGAGCGAGUCGGAUUCCGCGCCGGGAUCGAAUUGACCAAUAUCUUCUUGACGGGUCUGAUCUUCUUCUUCGCCUUUGUGAUUCUCGUCAUGAUCUGCCUUGGGAUUUCCCGGGGUAUCUAUACCCUCCUGGAAAAGAAGGGGAAGAUCCCAACUCAUAAGGUCCAGGAAAUCGACUGGAACCUCAAAGCGAAGGGGACCUUGUUCCGCCUGUUCCUCGUUGGAUUCGUCCAGAUGUGUGUUCUGUGCCUGUGGGAGUUCACCCACCGGGACUCACCGGCCGAGAUCUUCCUUGCGGUCUUCAUGCUCCUGUUGACCGUGGUCACGGUGGGCGUCGCGGCGUUCAAGGUGAUCUAUCUCGCUCGGCAAUCCGUGCAAAUCCACCAGAACCCGGCCUUCAUCCUCUAUGCCAACCCCGUGUGUCUGACCAAGUGGGGCAUCCUCUACACCCAGUACAAUGCCACUGCGUACUACUUCAUCGUCCUGGCGCUUGCCUAUCUCGCCGCCAAAGCCAUCUUCAUCGCCUGCGCUCAAUCGGCCCCCGUCGUGCAGACGGUCGCCAUGGUGGUCAUCGAAGCCGCCAUGCUGAUCGCGGCCAGUGUCCUCCGCCCGUGGAUGGACAAGAAGGCCAACGUGGCCAACAUCGCGAUCUGCGCGGUCGGAUUCCUGAACUCCAUCUUCCUCCUCUUCUUCUCGGGCGUGUUCAACCAGCCGGGCCUGGUGACCGGUGUCAUGGGCGUCGUGUUCUUCGUCGUCAACGCCGUCUUCAUCCUCAUCCUGCUGAUUGCGAUCCUGGUCUCCUCCGCCUUCGCCAUCUUCACCAAGAACCCGGACACCCGAUACCAGCCCAUGGCCGACAACCGCGACUCGUUCAUCAAGUCGUCGCACAACCUGCCGAUGUCGACCGAGUUGGACGCCCUGGGCGCCACCGCCCGCGGCGACCACAAGGACCCGAUGUAUGGCGAUGCGUUCUCCCCCGGCAACGGUCUCGGCGGCCGCCACAGUCUGGACCAGCCCUCGCCUCACACCCCCGUGUCCCAAGUCGAUCUGUCCGUGCCGCUCAUCCCCAGCAAUGGACAGCCCAUGGGUAGCCCGAUGCUUUCAGCCCAGACCAUGCAGCGUGGCCAGAACAACGCGAGCCCGUGGCACAAGGGCGCUGGCUUUGACCACCACUGA